GUUUAUUAUGCAAUUAUUAUCUUAAUUAUGUGGAAUAAGUGACUAUAUAAAUAAAGCUUCAUAGAAAAAGUAAAAAAUGACGCAAGAAUUUCAAGUAUUGCAAUGUUACAAAUGCAACACAUUUCAAGUAAAUCAGGUUAAAAAAAGCACAAAUAAGUGGCAAUGUAAAAUUUGCAAUGAAAAGCAAUCAGUCAGAGUUGUUCACUUUGUUGGGAUAGCAAAAGAUUGUCGUCAACAUUGUCAGGAAGUCAAUUUAAAAAAAGGAAAUGAUCUUGAGAAGAAAAAACUUACUAAUCUUCAUCAAGAUAAUCUUGCUGAAUCUGCUGUUCGUUUAUGUAACAACAACUGUAAUGUUUUUCCGUGUGACAAUGUUGAAAGUUUAUUAGUCUCUAGUGAUCAAUCCAACAGCACGCCUAACAGGUGGUUGAAGUUUUGCACUAAUUCAUUAGAAAACGAAGGAUCGGAUGACGAUGAUUUAAAUCAAUUUGAUGGACAGAUGAGGUCGUCGAAUAAAAAAAGAAAAUUGAACAUAAAAAGUGAUAUUUGUAAUGAGAAGUUUCAAAAAACAAAUGAUGAAUAUAAAGAGUACGAAAAUAAAAAAUUUAAAAUUGUUCGUAAUUUAAACUUAAAAGAAAAUGUAAAAAAAGACGAUCCAAGUAUAACUGAACAAAAUUCGGAAAGUAAAUCACAUGUUUUAUCUAGUACAAACUUUAAACUAAAUAGCAUAUCUCAAAAUAAGCAACAGGAAACUACAAUUAAAAGUGAAACUUCAAAAUGGUCCCGUUAUAUCUCUUCAUAAAUGUAUGAAUUAUUUACAAUGGAUAUUGAAAGUAAACGUUGUAACAAACACGGGAAAAAGUAACGAACACGGGAAGCAGCAAAAAGUGCGUAACAAUAAAUAAUCUUUCAGAUUUUUCAUUUGUUUUAUUUUUCUUGUAAAAACAGCAGCUGUUGAAAUUCAAGAUUUUAAAAGAUGUGCAAA